AUGACAGUCAAGCCAAAAUUGUGUUGGAAUUCUUCUCUGGAUCCGGCGAGACGUGGUGGUGGAGACGAUAUGAUUAGGGAUGACCCCGAUACCCUCCGAUCUGAAGCUGCUUCGGACAUCGAAAACCAUCUAUUAACAGCCGGUUUCUUCUUUGUUGACCCUAUCGGACUUGGGCAAAGGUUAGGGCUACGACUUGGGGUAACUGUAAUGGCUUCAUCGGAUGACGUUUUCAAAGAACUCUUUGCUAGUAUAUACGAGCCCUUCUCUGGACUAAAUGAGAUGGAUUAUGAGCUCCAUGGUAUUUAUAUGGAUCACGAACCAGAGCAUGAGUUCGUGACUGCGCUUGAUAAAUGUAGGGACGUCUUUCUCAAUGUUCUACUUAGUGAUGAAAACUUAAGGAAUUCAAGCAUGGCUGAUGAAAUCAGAGCACAAGUUUAUCAUGCUAAUGAAUGGCAAAGUGAUGAAGAAGGUGAACAAGAGGCGGUGAAGAAUAAGUACAUAAUUCAUGAUCCAAACACACCAUGGGAUAAGAUGGAACCUAAGGAAGAGGACAGAGAUGAAUGA